AUGAGUUUGCUUCUGGAAUCAGAGGCGCAGUUCGCCUCAAGGGCGAAUGAAAUCGGCCUUUCGGAUGAGGUCCUUGCAGAAGCCACUUUGGUCAGGCGAUUGGCCUUCGAAGCCCAGACACUGCUGGUGGCGAGCCUCAGGCAGAUGGUUGAACAGAAGGAUGAUGGGGCUCCAAAGAAGAUUGGGGCAGCUGAGCGUGAGUCUCGCAUGGAUGCGAUUCGCUCCGAGCUUGGAGGCAUUUCCAUACAGGAUGACAAUGACCCUUCGCACGCGCUACUCGAGAAAGCGUGCCAGAUUUACGAGACGAACGCCUUGAAGUACAUUGAACCGUCGGCUGCGACCUCGCGAUCUCAAGAAGUCCAAGGUGGGACAAAAUCCAAGGAGUUGUGCUUUGAAGGCGGAUCACUGGUCGUCAAGGACAAAGAAGACAGGACGGAUCCAGCAGUGGCGUUGCACCUUGUGCCCUUGGCCAGGAGCUCAGGGUCAGCAGACAACGACAGAAGGACCGGGCCCUACCAGCGUCCACAUUGGCAGCUACAGCAGCCAGGGGAUGAGCAGAAGCCUUGGGAGCCAUGUGAAAGCUUCGUGACGGUGUCAGAAGGACUGGACAGGGACAUAGAUGCAUUGAAGCUUUUAGAGUUGGGAUCUCCACUGGCUGGUGAGAUCGAACCGGCAGCGGUCUUCGAGAAGUCCUACAAACCCUGUUUGACUACAAUCUCACAGUUGGAAGAUUUGGCGUGCAAAAGGAAUGACUUGGUUCUGAACAUGGUGCGGAGUUCUGGUUCGCUAGAGCUUGGCGAAGCGGUCCUUAACGAAACCAAGGAGGAGGUUUCCAAGGGUUGGGCUGAUGGCCCAUGGCCCGUGGAAUCUCUUGAGCGUGGUGCCACUGUAUCGAGGCGUUUCCCGCUGUCUCAGGGAGACAAAAUCCGGAUGAUUGAUGACUACUCUGUCUUGGGAGUGAAUGACAGCUGCGCGAUUCAUUCCAAGCUUGAUCUCCAUGUGGUGGACACCUUUGCGGCGACUGCAAAGUCAUAUUUCCGAGCUGCAGGCGAUUGCAAGAAGAGUUUGGCGAUGGUUGCCAAGACCUACGACUUGAAAGCUGCCUAUCGCCAGGUCCCGGUGCACAAGGACCGCCUCAAACACGCUUACUUUGCAAUCUUCAAUCACGUGAUUGGAUCCUCCGAGAUUUAUCGUGCGAAGCUGAUAACCACGAAUUUCUACGAUGAUUUUAUCUUGGCCAGUGCGGAGGAUUUGCAAGACCCAGCGAGGAAGUCUGAGAAGAGGGUGGCGGAUCUUUUGGAGCUCAUCACGCACGUCAAGCAAAGCAAAACUUUAAACAAACAAGACGCGUUGAAACUGAGAGGAAAUCUUGGAUUUGCAGACGGUUUUUUUUUGCAUGGCCGCAUCGGUGCUUUGGUCUUGAAGAGGCUUUCGCAGCACGCUUAUGGCAGUUCCAGUACAAUCGAUCCAGAGCUUGAGUUGGCGCUUGACCUGAUGGCUGCACGCCUCAACAAGGCCAAGCCCAAGUUUGUCUCUGCUACAACCGCCGAUGAGUGGUGCGUCUUCUCCGAUGCUUCUUUCGAGACCGACCAAAAGACAGGAGCUUUGGGCGGUGUCUUAAUUGAUUCAAGUUGCAAACGCAGAGCUUGGUUUUCCUUGAAGGUUUCAAAGGAGGCCGCGUUUAUGUACGGAGCUGACCACAAAGACACAAUCAUUUACGUUCCAGCUCUUAGCUGCCUGCUUGCCACUCUCAAUCUGGGCCGAGGAGCUUUCGAACUCUUUCCCAACUUUGUAUUGCGACAACGACAGUGUUCGUUUCGCCUUAACCAGAGGAACUGGACAAGGUGCAGUUGCAGAGGCGAUCAUGCUUAGGCAUUCAAACUUGGAAGUGAGCUUCAACACCAAUGUGUGCUUCGCAAGGGUGCCGACAGAAGCCAAUCUAGCGGAUCUACCUUCUCGAGGUGUUGAACGCCCACCCCUUCCUGGUCGCCUAGAUGCAUCUUCACUUGCGGAGCAACACUAUGCUUCAUUUCGGGAAGCUGUCGAACGUAGUCGAUGCGAAUUGAAGAGGAAGGGGGAGGCUGGUCAAUUGCAUCGCCCCAAGUUCAAAAAGGUCUCAUCAACUGCGCUUGCCGGAGUGUGACGAUGAAGCUUUUCGCAGAAAAUCGAAUAGUCUGACGCAGGUAAAGCAAGAUCACUUGCAUGUGCAGUUUCAUCCUUUACAUGCAGAGCUUUUUGCUCAAGAGAGGUGGUGUGGGAGGGAUUGCGCUUUAAAAGUGCUUUUGAAAGCCCAAAGCCCACCCACAAAACCACCCUGGACUUUCCUUUUUGGCCUAGCCCAACCUGAGGCUGGUCAAUUGCUGAC